AUGGACGAAGCUCCGAGCCCAAAACCGCCUACCCGGCCUCUCUCAGAUUCCUGUCCCUUCACCGACAUUCUCAAAGAGUCUUACUCAGGAUUAGGGCUCUACAAGGUCGGCAACGCUCACCUUCACAUCGUCCGGAACGUUAGGGCACAAGAGCAUAACACCUUGAAGGCUAUGGCAGAGAGAAAUUACAACUUCAUGGUUCCUACCGAAUACUGCCAUGGGGUCUAUAGUGACGGUCACCUCUACUACAUCGCCUACACCCUCUUGAAGAACUUUAAAGAUAUUAACAUAGACUGCUCCGAGAUUGUUUUCGCCCACAACAAGAUGAUGCCCCUUGCAUUCAUAGUAGACGGAGAUCAAGGACUGGUAGGAAUCUCCACAUGGUAUUCUGCUGGCUUUGUUCCCAAAGGCUGGAUUCAAACCCUUCCACUUGGCAACUCCUUCACCGAGUCUGCUGGCGCGAUUAGAGACACGUGGACUGACUUCGAGUGCAUGGACUGGUCCCGAAAGAUUGACGAUGGAUUUGAAGAAAGGGGCCUCAACGGACACAGGUGGGAGUCGUGGGCAGACUGGCAGGCAAAGAGAGUCUUUACUGAGAGAAAAUAG